GACAGGCAAGCGCGUUUUGGUUCUAGGAGCGCAGAAAAUUGUGAUGUAAAAAGAGAAGAAUAAAUGUUUGUUGAUCAUCAUGGCGAAUCCUAGGAAAUUUAGUGAAAAAAUAGCCCUUCAUAAUCAAAAGCAGGCAGAGGAAACAGCUGCAUUUGAAAAAAUUAUGCGUGAAGUCUCCGACGCAACCAAUAAGGUAAAUUCAAAUAGUAGAAGAACACGUGUAAAAGCAACUACAGAGUUGGUUGAGAGUGUUGAACCCCAGAUUGUACAAAACCAACAGACAAUGGGUUCAUUCCGAAGUGGCUCUCUUCCUAAUGUUGCAGCACCGCAACCACCCACUACUCAACCAGAGAUCAUAAAGCCAGAGGAAUCAACAAUACCAACACAAUAUGCAAUGUCUGGUGCGAGAAGCGGUGGGAUGUCCCCCUCGCCGCGGUCGCCGGGGCAACGGGGGCGAGCUUCGUCUUCCGUUGGACCUAUGCGGAGGCCGGCAGAUCGGAAGCACGAUACAAGUCCAUAUGGAAGUACUGUAUAUCUUAGCCCACCACCAGAUAGUAAUUGGCGCAGGACGAACUCAGACUCGGCAUUACACCAAUCGUGCGGGGAGCAACAGGUCGCGGCGCCCCCGCUCUCUCCGCACCAUCCAUUGCAUUCCCACGCCCACCCACACUUGCACCCACACCAAAAUCAUAGGAGAGCGGCAAAUAUGCACCUCGACGUGUUGGCGACUUUGGGUAUGAAUCCAACGAAUCGACCCCGAUCGUCGUGUGAAAUUCCAAGAAUACCAAACAAUAAUAACGUGUACGAGAGCGGGGGGGACGGCGGCGGGGGCGGAGGCGGCGGGGGCGGCGGCGGCGGCGGCAAGGGCUCGGGCGGGCUCGCGUGCGAGCUGCAGGUGCCCGGCGGCUCGCUGCCGGACCUCACCUCGGUGCACUUCCCGCCGCCGCACCUGCCGCACUACCUGCCGCACCGCGCCUCGCCCGACUACCAUCACCACCGAUAUAGCCCCAGCUCGCCGGGCGCGUCGCCGGGCGGCGGCAGCGUGUCGCCGGCGACGGGCGGCCUGUCGCCCGCCUCCGGCUCGCCCGUCGGCGCCACCGUGCCGCCGCCCGGCGUGCACGCGCCCGACCACGCCCUCUACGACACGCAAAAUCACUUAUCUGUACCAAACACAAAUAAUUAUCUUCAUCAUAGUAAGAAUAUGUCGCCGUUAGACCACGGAUGGCUCGCAUCGAGCUACCAGUCGCAUUGUAGUCCGCCCUCGCAUUAUUCGUCCGCAUCAAACAUAAAUUUACCUUCACCCACAAUGGCGCACAGUCCGGGCAGUCCUGUUGGUGAAUCAUCACAGACUGACUACAAUAAUCUACACACAGUGCUUUUACAACCUUUCGAGCAAAUCACAAUGGACUGGGCGCAGUUGGUGCAGAGUCUCGUGGAGUCCGGGUGGACCGCGCACGUUCAGGUCGCGGAAAAUCUAGAUCCACCGACGUCCAAUUACAACACGACGUACGUAAAUCACAGCUCACCGCACUCACCACAGACAACGAAUUCACAACACACGUAUUCAAGGGCGACGGGCGUUCAACCGACGGGGAGCAUGCACAUGGCGCACGGAUCCAUCACGCAAUCACAGUCGCACUCGCACCCGCACCCGCACCAACACCAGCACCAGCACCAACAUCAGCACCCGCACCAACACCAGCACCAACACCCGCACCAGCACCAGCACCCGCACCAACACCAACACGUGGAGGAGACGCGGCGCGCGCGCGACCCGGUGGCGGGUGGCGGGUACCCGCUGCAACCGCUCGCGUCGCCCUCGCAGCCGGCCACGCCCGCCUCUAUACCGGAUAUCAUACUUACAGAUUACUCCGGCGAGCUGGACGCGGGCAUAUUCGGCGGCGAGGAGGCGCAGCUGCGCGCCGGGCUGGACCUGGACGACCUCACGCUGCUGGAGGAGCCGAGCGCGCUGCUGCCCGACUCCGCCGUCGAGCACGAGUUCCGCCUCGACCGCCUCGACCGCUUGUAGUACACUGGCGACGUCGCGCCUCUCGACGACCUGCUCGCUUGAGGGGCGACGUUGCCGCCUCCGCCUGCCAGCGGACCCGUACAUACCGCGCUCGCUCGCCGUCAACUUAUGUGACGACAUUGGAAUCGAGCGUGCAUUGUGAUAACGCGUGUCGGCUCUCAGUGCUUGUGACCGAUGUGAGUGCAACAUCGCAUGAAAGAUGACUCUUGCAAGAUGACUGUCGAGGACGUGAAAAAAGUGUAUGUUGUGUGAUUUAGACGUUUCAACGACGCUUCAUGCAGCUCUUGCGAGACGAGCGACCGGGUGAUAGCGAGAGGCGUGACGUCACGCGGGCUGGCAGGCGCCGGGCAGGAGGACUCCCUAUACUUCAUGACAAUUCUAUCUCUUCAAGUCUGAGUUAGUGAAUAUAGGAUGCGGCGGCCGCGCGGUGCGGCGCGACUCAUCACACAUUCCCAGCGUGUACGUGUACGUGUACGCGCAUAUGUUGCGCAGUUACGUUUCGAUGGUGCAAGUGUUCAUUAUGAUUUUGAAUAUUUUACUCAUGUUUUAAUUCAGUGGGUUAGGUUAAAUUAAGAUUUUAUAACGUUCGUUAAGUGACGACGAUCGGUGUACAUUAGGACUCUUUAAGUAUUGUGAAUAUGUACUCGAAUAUCAUUAAUGAAUUUACUUCGGAUUCCAAAUAUUUUUUCAUUAACGCUAUACACGACCGGUCGGUCUUUUCUCUGUAAAUACAAACGAAAGUGUUCACUUUACGAAAUUGCAUUUAAAUCGCUAAUGUUGCAUGCUAGUGUAAACUAUCGUUUAAACAAUCGUUUACACGAUUUUUUUUUUUACAAAUUGUCUUUAUAUUUUUUUAUGUAAUUCGUCAUUCAGCGAUUGCUCAAGCAUUGACUAGAUCGUAAUCCGACUUUGUUUACACCUGUAUAAAAUUUUUAAAUUAAAAUGCAAUUCUGUCUCAUGCUUCCCGAGUAUUGUUUGUGGUGACGCUCCGAAUUCUCCGAAUGCGUAUUGACCGUUGUAUCGUAUAUUGUAAAUAUGUGAGUUGUUGAGGUUUUAGUAAGCUUUUGUCGCAAACAUAUCUAUCUAUGUAUGUAUGAGAGGCUGCGUGAAUCCUUGAGGUCAAUUUUCAAUGCGGUUCUAUUUGACAAUGUACAAAUUGUUCUGUUUAUACGAAUUACAGUGCGAAUAUAAAGUUUUAAUGUUACAUUUGAACGAAAAUAUUUAGAUUAAGUUUUUAAGGUUCUCUAUACAUGGAGCUGGCUGCACGGUUUGUUAAGUCAACGACUACAGAAUGGUAAAAUUGGUGCCAAAAUAUUUUGAUUUAUAGUUGAAUCUUUUGAAAUUACCUGGUGUUGGGUAUGACUUAAUUUUAUCGUAACGAUUUUAUGUAGACUAAAAAUAGUAAAAUGUAUUGCAUUAUGUUUUAAUUGAAAUAUGUAGUCGAUGAUGUAAGAAAUCAGUUUGCCGGUUCUUAUACUUGCUGCAUUCGCAAUAACUAAAUAUAAGUUACCCAUAGGAGAUACAUGUUGUACAAAUCAUUGUCAUAGUUGCGGAUGCAGUGUUCCGGUUAGAUAUAUGUUUUGUUUUGUUAAUGCUCAUCUUAUUACGUUUUAAGAGUCUAGUCAUCAGUUACGAGUUUCAAAGGAAAUAGAACAUACAUUUGCACAUAUCUUUAUUGAAAACAAUUGUGUAUGUUGAUUUUCUAAAAGGUUUUAUUCAUUGUAAAGAUUCCUCUUGUCUUAUAUCCUAUUAUUGUGACUUAAUACAUUUUAUAUAUUUUAAGACAGAUUAUAAUAUGUUCAUGAUAUAGUUUAUGUGUUAUGAAAGCAUAUUUACAUUAUUGUAUAUGGUUAUUGCAUAAAAUUCCAAAGAUUUUCUCGUUUUCACACUCGGAACGGCCAUGUUGACAAAAUAUUAUGCCAAAUAGGAAGAUUUUUAUUGCCACAUUUAUUUGUGUAUCACAUAUUAUUCAUUUACAUAAUUAUAUAAUGUUGACAUAUUAUUUGGAUUUCCUCAAAGGGGAUAGCUGUAUGACAGAUGAUAGCGUGUAUAACUAAAUGUAAAAUAUUUGUGAUAAAGGAAAUAAAUAAGCACAAUUUAAAAGCCUAAUCAGAUUUUAUUGUAAGGUUUUCCUUUAAAAUUUUAUAAGGACCUAUGAUCUGCUAUGUGAUAAAUUAAAUGCUAGCGAGAGAAUUUUUUCUU